GUAAAUAGCUUAUAUUAUUAAAGGUAACCUAUUCUUAUCAAAUGGGGUCACAGACUGAAAUUUAAGGGUCUAUAUAAAGCUGUACUUUGUACGAUAAAAUACAUAACUAUCAGGAUUUACCAGACGAAUUAUAUCAACCACAGACGGAUUAAGCAACCACAGACGGAUUAGGCAAUUACAGACGAAUUAAAGCAACUACAGGCGAUUUAAAGCAUAAAAGCAACUACAGUCGAAUUAACGCUACAAACGAAGUAACGCAACUACAGACGAAUUAAAUCAACUACAGACGAAUUAAAGCUAUUAAAGUAACAACGUCAUGGAAGAGAAAGGAAUAAAGAGUAAAGCCGAUGUAAAGAUCGUGAUAGUAGGAGCAGGUAUAGCUGGUCUAUCAGCAGCUAAACAUCUACAUGAUGCUGGAUUUAAUAACGUAACAAUCUUAGAGGCAACGUCAAGAAUUGGUGGAAGAAUUCAUACUAUUCCAUUUGGAAAAACCGAAUCCGAAACUAUAGAACUUGGCGCUCAGUGGGUCCACGGUGAAGGGAAAGAAAAUUCAGUUUAUACUUUUGCUAUGGAACAUGAUCUUUUAAAUCCAUUAAUAAGAUUAGACUGGUAUGAUGGAAAGUUUAAUACUGAGCAUGGCCAGGUUAUAAGCGAAGAUAUCUCAGAGAAGGUUAUGGAUCUCGCUUUUGAAGUUGAAGAAACUCUUGAGGAAGAAUUCAAAACCAAAAAGAAGUUAGCUGAAGAAGAUUUAUAUUUAUACGGAUAUUUUGACCGACGAUUUGAGAAACUUGCGUCCACAAAAUUUCGGAAAGAGGAUAGGGAACAUGCAAAAGCUUGUUUUAAUUAUUUUCUGAAUGUCCUCAGGUUUGACAACGCAGAUGAUCUACGGGUUCUGUCUAGCUAUAACUUUGGACAAUACAUUUCUGUUGGCGAAGACGAGGAUGUCUGCAUCACAAAUGGCGGCUUUCAAACAAUCACUGAUCUUUUAGCUUCUUAUUUACCGAAAGAUUCCGUCCAUCUCGAUUCUCCAGUUUCCUCCAUCGAAUGGUCAACACCGGAAAUUAGAAUCGUCUGCCCUUCUGGAGCUGAAUUUUCCGCCGAUCAUGUAAUUGUGACGCUUUCACUGGGUUAUCUUCAAAAGCAUCAUGAAAGUUUAUUUGAACCCGCUCUUCCUUUAAAUAAAUCUCAAGCUUUAUAUCAAAUAGGUUACGGUACCGUCAAUAAAAUAUUCCUUUAUUAUGAUGAACCCUUUUGGACUAAAGGACAAGGCACCAUCAGGUUUGCGUGGACAGAUAAAAACAGAGACAUCAAAAGUGAAGAUGAAUGGUAUAAAGCUAUCCACGCCUUCGAUGAACCCCACAACAAUGCGCAUGUUUUAGUUGGUAGUGUCGUAGGAGAAGAAGGUAAAUAUAUAGAAAACUUACAUAAAGAAGAGGUCAGUCGAGUUUGUAUUCAACAGAUACGAAUGUUUCUGAAUGAUGAUUCCAUUCCAGAACCUCGAGAUGUUUUAGUAACUAAAUGGAAUAGUAACAAAUGGAGUUGUGGAUCGUACAGUUAUAUGAAACAAGAAUCAAGUGAAAGUAAAAGAAAUGAUUUAGGUCAGCCCCUGUUUAGUGAUGAUAACAAACCAGUUGUUUUGUUUGCUGGUGAAGCUUGUCAUAAAACACGUUUCUCUACAGCUGAUGGGGCUCGUUCUAGUGGUAUUGAUCAAGCUCAGAUUUUGGUUAAUCUUUAUUCUUUGUGAAAAUUGUUAACUUACUCGAAAAAAAAGUCCCACCUCAGUAAAGUAGUUAGGAAGUAAGUAAGAUGUGUGUACUGCCGACGAUAUUUUGGCGGUCCUUUGUACAGCUCUGAAUCAAAUGUAAAUAUAAUAAUGCUGGUCUAAUCUGUUUAAAUGUCAAAUGAAAUGAAAUGGGGUUUAACGUACUGCUUCUCUGCACUGACUGGACUAAUGAAGAUAGACAUACGCCAUGCAAUUAAUCCAUCAUGUUAGAUGUUCUGGCGACGUAACAUCUAACAUCCAAACACUCAAAAGCUCGACGCAAAAAUUGAUAACUACUUUUAGUACUUUAUCACUCGGCAAACCUCGGCAGAUUCCGUUACUCUACUAUCUAGCCUAGCUGUAUGGCGGUAAGGGAUAUGUACCUACACCUAUACAAUUACGAUGCGGCACCGGUUUACUUGUUAGGAAAACUGGCCGCUUUUAAAAAGAAGUUAUCAAAAUUGCGUCCUUUUAAAGGAUGUGUAGAAUUUCAGUUUGAGGAAAAUCGGAUAAACUUGAAAGAAAAACAGCUUCAGACUUUGAAAUAUUUGUAUGCUAAAACAUUCUUCAAAGUCGUCGUCAUGGGAAACGCCGUUGGUAAUCCGGGAAUGUGAAAGUAGUUCCAAUGGCAGACUUCGUCAUACAGUCGAGGCUAGAUGAAGGGUACCGGAAUCUGCUGAGGUUUGCAGAGGGCUAGUUUACUUCUUUCAUCGGAGGGUAAAAUUCACAAUUGUCAGUUAUCUACACUGCUAACACAUUAAACUUGUACAUCCAGUCCAUGUAGUUCCGACAAAAUCUUUAUUACUGUCAUUUUACGAGAUUGCCAACAAUCCAUCGCCUUCAACCCAUCAAACAGGAAACGACCUUGUUGAAACCUGGCAAAUUCAAAUUCCAAACAGGAAUCCACACGAAAAUAAAUUUAAGUAUUUUUCAUUUAUUUUCAAUAUUAGGUUAUUUACUUUAUUAUUGUAACUAUAAACAUUGUCCCAAAAACAUUUAUAUUUGGUUCUAUGGAUCGGGCUGACAUACCGUCGAAAACACUGCAACAUUAUAUAUAAAUUUUAUUUCGUUUUGAGUAAAAUAUUUAAGAUGUUAUAUAUAGAUCAACCUAUUCCAAAGUGGUUUUCAAGUUUGCAUCGGUGAAUGUGACUUUGGAUAAACAUGUUUUACUGGACAGCAGUUGCUUGUCAGUAAGUUUUAUUGUUGUCAAAUGAUGAAUAUAGAAUAUAGAGGACUAGCGAAUAUUCACUACAGAUCAGUUUGAUACGAGACAUCAAACACUUUUCCUUCCUAGUAUAGCGUAAUUUAAAAUAGAUUAGGCCUUGUUGAUGUUCCGUAGUGUUAUGAAAAUUGAACCAGAUUUUAAUAUGUUUCUCACUCCGUGUUUUGCACUUUUCAAUUGUUCAUUGAUGAAUACAGGUGAGAGAGAAAAGACACAAAGCUUGACUUUGUAAGAUAAUUGAAAAGAGAUAAUACUCUCAGGAUUUAACAGGAAAAGUCUGAACUAACACGCGCAAAGGUACGUGGUGCUAUUAUGGUUAAAUGAAGGCCCGUUGCGGCCAUUUCAUUUUGGGUUUUCCUCCCGUCCAAACGACUAUUCAUACGUUGUCCCUUGCCAUGCCCUCUGCUCUGUAUUACCGACAAGGGGGGGGGGGGCACUCCGGAAAACCCCAAUGAACUUUUCGGCCAACACCGGAAUCGAACACGGAACCGCCAGGAUAGCUACCCAACGUCUUACUUGCCGAGUCAACGCGGUUCCGUUUUUAGUAGAAAUAUGAAAGAGUCAACUGUAAAAUGAACAACUUUAAGAAAUUUAUGUCCAAAAAAUAUUAAA